CUUAUGACAUUCAGUUAGUCAAGCCAGAACCCAGAGACAGCAGAAACAAUUACUGGGGCAAAAAAUGUAAAACAGUGCUGAGCGCUAUAACAAAAAUAUUUUUCUCUGAAGGUAUAUGUGCAAAAUGUACCUUAGUGGUUGAAAGUUUCAAAAAGACAUCAAUUAUUUUUAUACAAAAUAUUAAAAUGAGUAAAUUCUCUUCAUUUAUCGAACUGUUGGUUAAACAAACGUGUCGUCGAGCUUCACACGAAUUUGAAAUGGGCUCCAAACAUUCUUCGGCACCUCUACCAGUUAUUCCAGAACACGAUGCCACAGGAAUAUAUUCCUUGGAGUUUUUGAAGUCUUUACAUGAUAGACCUAGAGAUAAUAUAUAUAAAUUACUCAAGUCUCCUGAUGAUCUGAAUAAUGUAAAAGUUCCCAAUGGGUUAAAUUGGCUGAACAGCAGCGAAUUUUCCAAUGUGGAACGGAAAACACUACUUGAUUUUCUCAAAAAAGUGAAGGAUAUGUCUCCUUCCAAAUCUCAAAAAUGGAUAGAUUUGCACCAUUAUAUGCAUUAUGUUUAUAGAAAUUUUGCUAAUCCUAAUCCAGAUCCUUCUGCAGAAGUCUUAUCACCCUUUUUUAUUGCUGAAAUGAGGGAAUUAGUCAAAAGUUUAUUAGAAGAGGACGAAAGCCAGUUGUACCUAAGGGUAUUGGCUUUGCUAAGGGAGUAUUGUAUUUUCGCCCAAUGGAACUACAGUAAAUCUGAUGGCGACCAUUGUAUUACCAGACUGUUUUAUUACUACGAAGCCAUGUUAUCUGCUGCGAAAAACGUUAGCGCCGUUUUUACCGAAUUUGAAGUAAUAAUAUACAAAAAUUACUCAGUAUGUUGGAUAGACUUCAAUACAUGUGUGUUCAUAAGAUACUUUUUUGAAACGGAAUUCGUACAGACCAAGAUUUAUCAAUGUUUGGAGACGAAAGUGAGUCCUGGUGAUACUCCUGCUAUGUUUGGAUUACUGGAAGAUUUGAAAAAUUUGUGGAUUAGGGAGCAGAAGAGAACACAUAAAAUUAACGAUGAUCACAGUUUAGUGGAAGGUACUAUUUCAUAUUACAUCGAGGAAGCCAUGAUCGGAAAUCAUAAAAAAGUUCUAACCAGCAAUUUUUGGGUGGAACGAACACAACAAGAAAAAAAUGAUUUAGAUCUGCGAAGACUGGAUCACCACUUUUUUCGGUUAUUGUGUGAUCCAUUCUUCCAUCCAGCUGGACCAAUAUUGGAUAGAAAUGGCCAAUGUAUUUGUGAAGAAUGUCUAAUAGCAAAAUAUGAAUGUAUUUUAGAUGGCGAAAAAGAUCAGUUGAACGAUAGGUUUCUAAGAAACGUCAAUCGUUUAACUUACUGCAGAAGAUGUAGCUGCCUUGUGGAUCUUGAGGUGUUCCACCGACAUAUCAAUGGUCAUGCUGUUACGGUGAUCGAUGCUAAAAUUAUUGAUAAAUCUACGAAUAUUUCUAAAAUAGUACCGGAAAAAAUCGAAUUUGUCCAAUUGGAAAACGGCAAUGGGACCUGUCCUGAUUUAGUUUCAACUGAAGAAAAUGAAAAUGAUGCUGAGAUUGCUAAAGAGCAUCCAUCUUCUAAUGAGAAAACUCCCAAUCCUAAAAUAGCCAGUGAAGCACCAUUCUUCAAAAAUACCUGCGAUAUUCACUUUUCGAAGCCUCAGCAUGACCCGAGUGAAUUGAAUUGUACAAAGCUGGUUUUUGAGGAAUUUCUCAAACACAAGAAAGAAAGUGUAAAAAAAGAACAACUUCUGAAUAAGAACAUGAGAAAUUUCAUUAAAAUAAAGAAAGACAUAUUCAGCCAUAAUAAUGCAAUGACUGGUAGUUCCGGUUUUGAUCCCAUGCUGAAACCCCCUCAAAAUAAUGUCACCAAGAAAUGCGACUCGUCAAAGCCUAAAGAAGAACAGAAAAAUGGACACAAGUGUGAAAAUCAUGAAGUAGCAACUGCAUUAGCGUCUAGAAGUGAAGGUGCUAGCAGGCUUGUGGAAGAACUUGAAAGACAGAAAGAAAACGGCGAAGAGGAAACAAUAAAUCUAAGUCAAGGCCACCUAGGGUGUGAGCAUGGUGAGUGCAACUACUGUGAUGUAUAUGAAAUGUCUCAAUUCCACAAAAACAAAGAACUGAGAGAUAAGUUGAGGAAACGUUUACAUCAAAGGAGGGAAAAACGGUCCAAAGAUGCAUGCAAAAAUCCCACUCCUGGCACGAGUAAUAUUAACAACUGUAAGGUCAAGACUGCCAUUAAUAAAGUUGAAGAAAGGGUACCACUACCUUCUUCUCCUACAAAUAUCCCUCCAGCACCAUGUGUCAAGUCAUCCGAAUCGUCUAUUACCACAUCUUCGGCCACAGAUGACAUUAGCGGGUUAGUCAAUUAUAUUGAAGGUAACACGGCUUUGAACAAAAUGGAAUUGGCCCAAAAAAAAGCCGCCAAAAAAGCUCGCCAACGCAUGAAGAAGGAAGAAGAGAGAAGAAAAUGUGAAGAAGAACUGAAAAGGUUAGCGGAGGAACAAAAGAAAAAAGAGGCAGAGAAAAGGAAAGAGCUGGUAAGAAAAUUGGUUGAAAAAGAGAAAGCCAAAGCUGCUGAAGCCGCUGCUGCAGCUAAAGCUUUGAAAGAUCAGAAAAAGAAAUCUAAAAAGGAAAGACAGGCUGAAAAGAAAAGACUGGCACAACGAGGAAGCCUACUGUCGAAAAUUGCCAAAAAACCUGCUAAGGAGGAAGUAAAUAUCGUUGAAGAAACUAUACCUGCCAUGGUCACCAUAAAACGUGUUGCUGAGAGUGUUACAAUUACCUUGAAAGGGUCGACUCCAGAUCAAGAUAAGCUUCUUUACAAAAUGGUCAAUGGAUCAGAUGAGACAAACCCAGUUAAACAGGAAGUUUUUGAAGAUCAAAGUAAUAUUAGUAAUAGUGCAAAGAAAAAGAAGAAGCAGAAGCAGCAAAAUAAAAUAAUACCUCCAACUGUUGUUACUAAGGAGCUGAAAGUGACAGUAGCUUUGGAUAACAGUAAACCUUCCCAGGAAUCGAAGAAAGUUACCAAGAGUCCUAUCAAAACAACGACAGAAAUUAUAAAACCAACAAUGAAACCAAAGGAAACCAAGAAGACAAAUGGGCAGGAGUUGAUACCAAAUUCACUGUUCCGAUUACCACCAGGUAAGUUUCCAGUUUAUUUUUUGCAAUGA